AUUUACUUAACAUGCUAAAAUUGCAAACACGAAUAUAGAUCAAGAGACAUGGAACCAUCAUCAAGUUAAUGCACUAACUUUUUAAAGGGGCAAUUAGGGGUAUUACGUUCGGUGGCAAUCAGUUACCCAGCUUAUUGUCUGAACCUCAUAUCUCUACGGCAUCGAUUCAAACGUGAACUUUAAUACAGGGUAGUGAAAGUCUAUUUUAUAACCGACGUCUCAGGAGAUACGAGGUUGGUAGUUUGAGUGGUCGAUUUACAACGGAAGGUACGGUGAACGCGUCAUAAACGUGACAUCGUAUCGGGAAGUCGGUAGCCGGCGCUCAUGGCCUAUUGUUUCGAUGUCCUCCGACUUAAGCACGCACUAUCAAUUUUUCGGCUCACCCAUUCCUCCUGGGACGGUAGCGGCAAUAACUGCUCACUCCUUACCAGUUAAUGAAUUUUCAAAAUUACACACAUAUGUCAGCCGCAUAAAUUCGAACUAGGUUUUACCUGAAGUGUUGUCUGAAUUCUUUUAAUUGAAGUUCGUGUUAAGAUAUCGUGACUAGAUCAGCAAUUAUCUGAUAGAGAUCUUUAGUUUGUCGAAGAGUCUUAACGGCUCUAUUCAUUUGGAGACCGGUGAAGUGACAUGUCAUGGAGUCAUUCCGCACGAGAGUUUAAAGACUGUAGUGUUAAUUAUUACAAAUAUGAGUCCAGUGUUCACAAUACAAAAAAUACCCCUAGGGAACAACAUGGGCCCGGGGGUGGGCGAGACCCAUCGGCCGAGCUGGUUCAGGAGCGCCCUUGCGCGCAUGACGCGCGCCAUUCGCCGCCGCCUCAGCCGCGAGGACCCCGCCACGCCGCCCGACUUGUUCCUUGACAAGUACGCGGCCACGGAGUUCCACGACCCACAGGAGCCCAUGUACGAGGCCAAGAGGUCCAAGAUCCUUUGCGGAAUAAAGCUGGUCUUCGAUCCGACGCAGCCGGGACAUUACCAUUGGCUAGCCGUGGUCUCUCUCGCGAUCCUAUACAACGUGGUGUUCGUGAUCGGGCGCGCCGUGUUCUGGGAGUUGGACACCGUCACAGUCGGCUGGUUCGUGCUGGACUACAUCUGCGACGCCAUCUAUCUCGUCGACACCGUCGUUCACGUGCAUGAAGGGUAUCUUGAACACGGUCUCAUGGUAAAGGAAGCCACGAGACUUAGGAAGCAUUAUCUCAAGACAGACUCUUGGCGAUAUGACCUAAUAUCUUUGCUGCCCACGGACAUUGCCUACUACUGGUGGAAACCUCAGAGCUGUGACUAUGACCGUUUACCGUGCCCUGUUAUUGUGCGAAUGAAUCGACUGUUUCGCCUUCCUCGGAUGUGGGAGUGGUUCGACCGCACCGAGACGGCCACCAGCUACCCAAACGCUUUCAGAAUCUGCAAGGUCGUGAUGGCCAUUCUAGUUCUCAUUCACUGGAAUGCAUGCCUUUAUUUCGCGAUAAGCUAUGCAAUUGGAUUCGGGACCGACAAUUGGGUAUAUAACAUUACAGGUGGACGAAACGAAACGUUAGCUCAUCAAUACAUUUACAGCUUUUAUUGGUCGACCCUAACACUCACUACCAUAGGAGAAACGCCCCAGCCCGAAAUCGACCCAGAAUACUUAUUUGUUGUGGCGGACUUCCUUGCCGGCGUCCUAAUUUUUGCUACAAUCGUAGGUAACAUCGGCUCUAUGAUAUCGAACAUGAACGUGGCUCGGGUCGAAUUUCAAAAUAAAAUGGACGGCGUAAAACAGUACAUGGCAUUCAGAAAAGUGAGCGGGGAACUCGAGGCGAGAGUUAUCAGAUGGUUUGCGUACACCUGGGCUCAGAGCGGCGCGCUGGACGAAGAGAACGUCCUGUCCUCAUUACCUGAUAAACUUAAAGCCGAAAUUGCUAUACGCGUUCACUUGGAGACUCUGCGGAAAGUGCAAAUAUUUCAAGAUUGCGAGCCCGGUCUUCUUGAAGCACUUGUGUUAAAGCUACGACUUCAAGUAUUUAGCCCUGGAGAUUACAUUUGCCGCAAAGGAGAUGUUGGAAAAGAGAUGUACAUUGUUAAACGGGGCCGUCUGCAGGUAGUGGCAGAUGAUGGUAAAACUGUGCUUGCCGUUUUGAGUGCCGGAUCUGUGUUUGGAGAAGUGAGCGUUUUGGACAUCGUGGGCAAUCGCACCGGCAAUCGUAGGACCGCCAAUGUACGAGCACUGGGCUAUUCCGACUUAUUUUGUUUGGGAAAAAGAGAUCUUUGGGAAGCCUUGGCUGACUAUCCCGAUGCUCGAACUACCUUAACUGAACGUGGAUGUCAACUUUUACGCAAGGAUGGUCUACUUGACGAGCAAGUUUUCCAAAAAGCGCAAAAUACUCAAUUGAGCCUAGAAGAAACUGUCAGCCAACUGGAGACUACAGUGGACAUACUCAAUAACCGACUAGAGGGCUUGUUGACUGACAUUGGAGAAGAACAGGCUAAAAUUAAACAAAAGCUCAUUCAGAUCGAAAUGAGGGUCGUAGAUACUGAAGGUGAGGUUAUUACCGACGAUGAGGAUAGGACUUCGUCCGAUGGGUCUGAAAUAAUAAGCGAGAUCGCUCGGAUGUCGGAAAGUUACGAGUGCAGCGAGUUGGGGCUGAGCAUGUCUCCGAGCACGUCCACGGUGUUCCUGGAGAAGCCCAUCGCGGGCCGGGAGCGCGGCCACUCGCUCUGCGUGGAGAGGACGCCCAGCCUCAGCCACCUUGCCGCCCAACCGCGGAGUAAAUCACUCCGCAUUAAAAAACCGCCCAAAGACUACUCUCACUAAAAGCCAAAAAGGGUAAUGAUUCAAAAAUUCCGUGAUGUAUUAUUUAAAAACC